AUGGCCGCUAUUGUUGCUAAGUCAUCUGUGGCCACCGCUGUGGUGCGCCCAGCUCGCAGCAGCGUGCGCCCGGUCGCCGUCCUCAAGCCGGCUAUUAAGGCAGCUCCUGUGGCUUCUCCGGCCCAGGCCAACAAGAUGAUGGUCUGGACGCCGGUGAACAACAAGAUGUUCGAGACCUUUUCCUACCUGCCCCCUCUGACCGACGAGCAGAUCGCUGCUCAGGUCGACUACAUCGUUGCUAAUGGCUGGAUUCCUUGCCUUGAGUUCGCUGAGGCCGACAAGGCCUACGUGUCGAACGAGUCGACCGUUCGCUUCGGCCCAGUCUCCUGCCUGUACUACGACAACCGCUACUGGACGAUGUGGAAGCUGCCCAUGUUCGGCUGCCGCGACCCGAUGCAGGUGCUGCGCGAGAUUGUUGCCUGCACCAAGGCCUUCCCGGACGCCUACGUGCGCCUGGUGGCCUUCGACAACGUGAAGCAGGUGCAGAUCAUGGGCUUCCUGGUGCAGCGCCCCAAGAGCGCCCGCGACUGGCAGCCGGCCAACAAGCGCUCCGUCUAA